AUGGACAGUGAUAGAGGAGGAUUUGGUGAUAUCGGUGGGGGUAUAGGCGCUGGGGGUCAACAAGACAAGGGCCAAAUUAAGCGGAUGGACAGUGAUAGCGAGGACGUUGAUGGUGUAGGAGGGUGUGGCGGUGCCGGUGGUGGUAUAGGCGCCGGAGGUAUUGGUGCUGGAGGAAACCGAGGCAAGAAAGGUUUAAAUCCGUAUAAGCAUCUGGCGGCAGAUAUAAGAAAAGAACGUCUUCCCCCACAAGAUGAUUUGCCUCCUCCACCACUAAGGGUUUUCGCCGAUGGGAGCCAGCUCCUUUUUGAUUGGCGUCGGAUACACCCAUCUUUGCUUUCUCGUAUUGUUUGUCAAAUCACGGAUAUCUGCUGGGCUCUGGUUCUUGGUGGGAUUCUUCAGUUCGUCUUUAAUAAGGACCGUGGUCACAUUAAUCGGCACAAAGAAUUUGAUAUAGACGGUUUUUCAAAAAAGGUGAAAUUCGGAGAUAAAGGAUAUGAUCAUCGUAACAAUGUUGAUGGAAGUUACAUGGCUGUGGGAUCAUUAAAAAGUGCAAUGAACCAUGUGCUUUCUGAAGGAAUAGAGAAAAAGAAUGACAAGAUCAGGACAUUUAAGUUAAAGGGGUCUUUUCGUUCAGUGAAUGGUGCAACUCCACAAUACAUCACUGAAUUGAUGGAAGCUAAGGGUCCGGUUGGUUUGACGCUUGACUUGACCACUCCGCUUUCAAACCUUGGAGAUGGAAUUUACAGGGUUCCCAAGCCAGUAGAAGGAAUCAAGAGGCACGUAGUCAUGAUCGUGGCACAUGGAUUAACCUUAACGGAAGAAAUCUUCUUUGAGGUGCAAAACACGUGGGGGACAGAUUGGGGAGUCAAUGGACAUGGGAGGAUCAUCAUCACUGGAUCUACAGAUGACGUUUUUUACCUGGAUGAGAUUAUUGAGAAGAAAAAGAAGAAGUAGAGUAAAGUCAAUCUGCAUGAGUUGUUUAUCUGUUAGAUCACCAUGAAAAACUUGUUUCAUUUUACUCCUUUUCUAUUAAUGUAUGUUUUGAACUUAUGAAAUCCAACCCACUGUCUUUAUGAACAAGAUGGGAUAGUUGUUUAAGAAACUAAUAUUCAUCAAAAUCUAAUCAACAGCCUAAUUUUAUAUCUUUCUAUGUACUUCCUAUUUAUUAUGCAUAAUUUUCCAUAUAUCAUUCAUUAUGCAUCAAUUUUCUAUAUAGGAUAAACCUCUAGGUUCACCAAUCAAUAUGAUUUCAUUAUUUCAAAUUUGAUAUAUUCUAAAAAAAGAAACAAAAUAUGUUCAAGUUAUAUUAUGUUUUUAAAAUAAAAUGGUAAAACAUAAUAGUAACAGAAAAAAUAAUUUUAACGUCGUCAGCAAAAUACUAAUCCCUAAUCCCUAACCCUAAAUGUUAAACAUUAAACAUUUGGUAAACCCUAAACCUGUAGAUAAAUCAUAAACUCUAAAUCAAAAACACUAAACACUAAAAUCCUAAAUUUUUGAGUGUUUUUUAUUUAGAGUUUAAGAUUUUAUCCAAGUAUUUAAGGUUUAAAGAUUUGAAUUUAGGGUUUAAUUUUUUUCUGACAACGCAAGGCUCGAUGGAAUUGAGGUUCGAUGUAAUUGACCCGCCGUAUGUUGGACUUCCCCCAACUUACUUAGUGACCUGAAUGCCAAGUAUGGUCCGUAAUAAUCUAUCUUCCGGAGCAUACGAGGAUACUUUCGCCACUUGAAAGUCUUUUUCACUUAUUAUUACUCUUUUCGUGGUAAAAAUAUUUUUUUUUGUAAUUACUACUAUUUUUAUUUAAUUUUUUACAUAAUAUAACUUGAUAAUAUUAUGUUUUGUUUUAUAAAAAAUAUCAAGAACCCAAAAAUAAGUCUAUGUUUUAUAUUCUGGUUGAGGACCUUCUAGAUAUAUACACGAGAGAUCC